GCUGUGUUGAUUGACAGCUAACUGGGCGCGAAAUAGCCAAUCAGCAACCGUCAAUCUUAAUUGAGCGGCGGGCUCACUAGAGCAUGGUAGUUAUGUUUACAUCGCAUCUCAUUAUUUCCUCGCGGCGAGAAUGUCCGGAGAACAAUAGGCAUUCUGCGCGAUCUGGGGCCAAGGGACAAUUAUGUAGAGGAGCGACUCAACAAACAGUCUAAGCCUAUUACGGAUACUAUGUCAAGAUGUAGCCUGGCUCUGUUUGGUACACCGGAGAAACGGAAAACAAUGAACACGACACAGGAACGCCAUUCUGUAGAUGUAGCUGUUCUAGAUGGCGCAGCUAUAGUCAACAUGCUUCCGCCUCGUAAGUGCAAAACUUUCAAAGAGUAUUCUGAAGCUGUUUUUCUUCCAUAUGUCCUCAACUACAGUGCACUCAAUGUCAAGAGAAUUGAUUUGGUGAGGGAUCGAUACUUUGAGAACAAGCAGGGGACGCGAGAGGCCAGAGGCACAGGCGCCCGGAGGCGCGUUUGCAAUACAGCAGCAAUACCUGCAACCUGGAAGUCGUUUUUGCGACUUGAUGAGAACAAGAAGGUGCUCUUCAAGUUUCUAGAUGCAAGCGUCAAGUCUAUCAGUGUACAGUGUGAUGCGCAAGUAAUCAGCACGGAUGAUAUCGAUGUAGUCAGCCACGCCACAGUCGACAAGGAGGGCCUAGCACCGUCCAACCACAAGGAGGCCGAUACUCGCAUUUUACUGCAUGUGAAACAUGCAUCUGCAAGAGGCAUGAAGAAGGUUCUUAUACGAACUGUAGACACUGAUGUAGUUAUUCUAGCGGUUGCAUUUGCAAGGAAGUUACCGGUGGAGGAGCUGUGGGUUGCCUUUGGUGUUGGUAAACACCUACGCUAUUUGCAAAUACACAGCAUGGUCGACAAUCUGACGACAUCACAAUGCGAAGGCCUGCCGUUUUUCCACGCUCUCACUGGAUGUGACACUGUAUCAUUUUUCUCUAGAAAAGGGAAAAAAUCCGCCUUUCAAGAGUGGAAGUUAUCCUGAGGCUACAGAAGUGUUUUCUUCCCUGUCAACACCACAAGCAGAGAUUACUUAGGAACAACUGAAGGUGCUCGAGCGUUUCGUGAUAAUCAUGUAUAGCCGCACAAGCCCCCAUCAGGAUGUCAACCAGGCACACCAGUCUAUGUUUUCUCAAGGCACUAAGGGCAUCGAAAGUAUCCCACCAACCCAAUCGGCCCUGGAACAACAUGUUAAGAGGGCAGCGUAUCAAGCCGGCCAUGCCUGGGGACGCACGCUAAAACCUAUUCAGGAACUCCCAAGAGCGGGAGAGUGGGGAUGGGAACUCUCGUCAGAUGGGUGGACUCCGACCUGGUCAGCACUGCCAGAGACGUCAAAAGCAUGCACUGAGCUCAUACGAUGUGGAUGGAAGCGUGCAUGCCUGGGACUGUGAAAGUGCACAAAGGCAAACCUGCCUUGCACCGAGCUUUGCGCUUUCAAAGGCAGCUGUUUCAAAGAAUAGAAUAAUUAGGUAUAGAAGGUAUAACAUAGAGAAUAUCUUGAUAUUAGUAUAAGAAACACGUUUUGCCCAAUUCGCCACAAGAAAACAUGACGAAAACCGGGAUUUUCAAUUUUUUUUAAAUUUUCUCGAAUUGGGUACCCUGUGGUUUUAUGUAUAGAACAUAUAGGAAUUUUUAAUCGGCAAAUAAUUUUUGAUCACUUAUUUCUUAUUAUACACCCAAAGAGGAUCACAUGCAAGAAAUUUGGUGCUUUUUUUACUAAUUUGAACAGCUUUACGCUUAUCUUCCAGACUAGACUAAAACACUGUACCAGCUUUAGUUGACGUCAAAUGCCAUAUCAAAUCAUAUAUCCUUGUUUUGAUUGGCUUAAAUACCAUCUACUUGAAUUCCGAUUGGCUUAUAAUUUUAACUUGCACUUAAAUGGUUUUUAUUCUACCGAAAAUCGCCAUGAAAAUGGUAAAUACGUAACUACUUACAAGUUCUAUAAAUUCAGACGUAUUCCUCACGGUAAGUAAGAAUUUAACGACAGAAAUAUGUAGUGGUCUAGUUACUGUAUCAAUGCCACUUAGCUUGUUGGAUUUAUACAUUUGUUUCUAGAGUUUGCUUUGAGAAUUCGUGGUCUAAUCAAACAUUUUGAGCAUAACACAUCCUUUGAUAUUCUUCGUUCUCUCUAUACUUUAUUGACUGCGUUGAUAUUUAAUAAAGGCUGAUAAAUAUCAUCCUGUCAUAUAUUGCUAAAGAAGACCUUUCUUGUCUUUAUAUUCUGUGUAUUUAGUCUUUUCAAAGAUACAGCAACAUGUUUUCAACAUUAUCAUACUUACAUUAACUUUACAAUUAGAAAAGAAUUUUCUCUUCGAAAAUAAAACAACAAAAUGCAUCCCCUACUACCUAUAUUGUUUUUGCUUUUAUAUUGUUUGCAUCUUGUAUACUUUCUAAUGUGUUUAUUUAUUUUUAUUCAAAUAGUUGUGGAAAAUUAGUAAGGAUUAUAAAUGGCAUGAUGAAAAUAUUGUUUUGAAAGAAAAAAAUAAGUAAUUGUUUUCACUUUUAUUUAGGUAAAACCAACCAAGGACUACCUGAGGGCCAUGAUUGAUGCUAAAGGCUGGAAGACAUAAUAAUAGGCAAAUGUCUUAAGAUAAUAUAGUAGGGGUUUUCUUACUUUUAUACAACAGUAUAAAUGUAAUAGUUUUUUUUAGAGCAAGAUACUUGCUCUCAAUGAUAAAUCUGUUAAGAAAACAUUUAUCUAUCAACCUAUAGAUAAUGACGAAUGGGGAAAUGUUAGAAGAGUGUUGUUGCAUUACUGUUAUUUUUUUUAUCAAAGAUAUACUCCCAUUUAUUCCUUUUUUCUCUCUGCUGACUAUUUUUGCAUUUGAUAUUAUUUGCUGUUUCCCUUCUGUACCCUAAAUAAAUUAAAAUAUGUUAGGUUUGAAAUAAGACAUUUUCAUUUAACACUAUCAGUAAUAUCAAGGGUUUUUUUUUUAGAAUUUGCUUCCCAAGUAAAUUUGUUCUUCUCCAUUGCAUUUAAUUUUGGAGUAGCAUUAGCAUGUGUGGAUCCAGGGUUUCUAUAAAACAGCAGGCCACCUUGCUAAAGGGUGGGUGCACCAAAAUGUAAUGCAUGACUGUAAUAUCCUUGGUGAUGGAGUAUUACCAGUAUGUGAUAGACAAAACUUCCAUAUGGCACCUGAAAUGUAUAAUAUAUCAUUCUAUCUUUGGAAUACUGUUUCAUUCAUUAUUUGUUUCUUUGCAAGGGCAAAGCUGGUCAGAAUGUAGCUUUGAUACUAUACUUCUAUAAAGGGAAGGGGUUUUUAUUAGAUCAAGGUACUUAAAUUAUAUAAAGAUGACAACGAACUUGUGCUUUUUCAAUAAUAAAUUUGUAAAGAAAAA